UUUGUAGAUCGACCAAGCCUACAAGAAACCUGUAACUGAUCAAGCUAUAUAUUUUGUAUGCCUAUGACAGAGCCAAAAACCUAGAAAAGCAGCUAGCUGACUGAUUAUCACAUGGAUUCCAACGGUGAACUGGUUAACAUUAUACGUUCUUACGAGGAUUUUAUGCCUUAUUGCAAGUUCCUAAAAGAGGAACGAUUCGACAUUUACCAGAUUCCUCUCCAUGGUUUCAAGAUGGAACAAUUCAAGCUAUUUGUGAACGACAACAAAGGAACAAUAAAGAUUGAAGGCCAACGUCCUAAGGGUGGAAGUAGAUGGAGCCGCUUCCGCCAAAAAUUCAAACUUCCUUGCAAUGUUUAUAACACUAAGGAUAUUCAUGCAAGUUUUGGCAAUGGUGUCCUUACCAUAAGACUGCCAAAAAGGGAACCAUUGAUGAUUUCGAAUUCCGAUGACAAGUCUGAUCUAUUUGUCUACAACGGCAAGCUUUUCAGGCUGAAAAUCAGCAAAAGAGGAAUCCUCGGAUCAAUUGCACUUGUUGCUGUGGGCUUGGCUGUUGGAGGUUAUGUAAUCCAAAAACACUUGCCAUCUACGCAUGUUGCUGAGAAGCAUUAAUUAAAAGUCACUUGUAGUUUGAAUUUGUUCUAAGGUUUGUUAAGAUUGAACUUACUCAUGUGUAUACAAAUGCGCUCAUUCCUAUU